GCCCGCCGGGCGCAGGCGCGCGCGCGAUGCCCCGCGACGAGAUGGCGGCUUCGCUGAUCCAGCGAGUGGCCCGGCAGGCGCGGGCGACCUUCGGGUCCGGGUCUGGCGAAGCUCCGGCCGAGUUGCAGCGGCUGCGGGAGCUGCUGAGCCAAGUCAGCGCCGAAGACCUGGGCCUGCUGCAGCCGCGGGGUCCUUCCGCCGUGCCGGGCCCGAGCCAGCCGCCCGUCAGCUACAUGCACAUCUGCGAGACGGCGCGCUUCAGCAUGGGCGUCUUCGUGCUCCGCGCCGGCGCCUGCAUCCCGCUGCACGACCACCCGGGCAUGCAGGGGCUGCUCAAGGUGCUCUACGGCACGCUGCGCAUCGCCUGCCUCGACGCCGCCGAGGAGCCCGAGGAGCAGCCGGACGCCGCCGCCUCCGGGGCCGCCGCCGCCGCCGCCGCCGCCGCCUCCUCCUCCUGCUCGCCCCGUCCCCGCCGCCUGCGCGCCCUGCUCCGCUCGCACCGGCUCUACACGGCCGCCGCGCCGCCCUGCCUGCUCUCCCCGCAGCGGGACAACCUGCACCAGAUCGCCGCCGAGGAGGCCGCCGGCCCCGCCGCUUUCCUCGACAUCCUGGCGCCUCCCUACGACCCGGCGCGGGGACGCGACUGCCACUACUACCGGCUGGCCGACGGGCAGAGCCUCCCGCCGCCGCCCGCCCAGCCCGUCCCGCCCAGCGCCCUCUGGCUGCUGGAGACGCCGCAGGCGCCCGACUUCUGGUGCGGCGGGGAGCCUUACCCGGGCCCGCGGGUCUGGCCCUGAGAGGAGGCCCCCCCCCGGCGCCCGCCCGCCUCGCCCGCCCGACUUGGAAGAGGCCCGCCUGGAACUUCUCCGCUGGGUUCGACGCCGGGUCUUCCCUCCCCCCCCCCCCCCCCCCCUCUCGGGGGGGGGGGGGGGGGGGCAAAAACAGCGUUUCUGACAUCACGGACUGACAAAAAAAAAAAAAACACCUCCUUUUUCUUUUCUUUUUUUUUAAUUUUUCUUUUUUUAAAC